AUGGAGAUCACCGAUUUCGUUUUCAAAGAGCGUGAAGAUCUUCUCCUGGUUGGCGACUACAAUGCCUAUCGGGCACACGCCACCCGCAGACUGCACAAACUCCGCAAGAAGUUGGGCCAGGCGACCCCCAAAGGCCGCAAGUACACAGCCAAACCCGCUGUGACCCCCGAGAAUGUCGGAACCAAUGUUUCUUAUGUACACCUAUUGCUUUUGGGAUCCGAACGAGCCUGGGCGCAAGCCAUGCAUAUGAAGUCGACACACUCCGCGGAUCCAGAUGCGAAAGGAAUUGCCGGUGCCACCAGACGCCAUAUUAUUUCGCGAUUGAACAAAGCUAAAGGAUAUGCGCAGCACCUAGUGGACCUGCUACACGAGCAAUCCACCACCGGUGCGAGCGACAUUGAUAUUCUUGAGGCGCGGGCCUAUUUUGCUACGAUCUCUGGAGCUCUGUGGCUGGAAAAGCGACGAUGGGAACAGUGCCUGCACGACUAUGCCAUUGCCAGAGUCAUUUAUACGGCUUUGGGACAGAAAGUCAAGAAGGAUGCUUUCCGAGACUUGCUCACCGGUACCGUCGACCCGAGUCUGCGUUAUGCGGCUUACCAAAUGAAGCUACCACGCUCAAAGCCCACCUCCUCUCUUGCGAUUGAAUACUUCCCAUCCGACUCGAAUAUCCGCUCGGAGGUGGAGAAGAUUGACCCUUCUUGUCUGGCUGAGGAGGCCGCAGGUACACGGAGAACCGCCGAGGGCGAGGUGCAGAAGCUACCCGAGUCUGUAACAUGGCGGUCGCGCACUGUUCCUCUGGACGAUGCCUCUAUCUCCCAGGCUUUGGCUGCUGCUUCGGCCGCCGAAGGACGUCUCUCUGCUUGGCUAUCCGAUGAGGGCAAGUCGGCUUCCGCUAAAGAUCAGGCUGCCGCAUACGAUAAUGUCAUCAUCGCCAGUCAGGAUGCGGUCGAUGCUACGAAAACUGCUCUCGAUGACCUUACCGGUGAGGGCGUGGAUCCCGGCGAUAAGCGCAUGCAGGCACUACAGAUCACUCGUACCGCUGUCAACUACGAGCUUGUUGGCUGGCGUAUUGGACGCAACCGUGUUCUGUGCGGCGAGCAAGAUGGUCUUGUAUUUGGCGAGGAACAGACGACCCAAGGCAAGACUGUCAAGCGUAAUGCAGGCAAUGGUAAGAAACUGAACAAGCUCCGCGAACGAGUGGUACUAUACGAUUCGACUCUGCAAAGUAUCGACUUCAUUCUUGAGCUGCCGGGAGUUGCAGCCGACUCGACCUUUGUGCAGGAUCUGGAGGCGAAGCGCCGCUAUUUCCGGGCUCUGAGAUCUUUGGCCGUCGGACGGUCUCACGGUGUGCUGGGCAAGCCUACUGAAGCACUUGCGCUUUUCGCUCAAGCUUUGGACUUGUCCCAGUCUGCGGCGUCACCUGCAUCGGCAGAAUCACAGGGGCCUCCCCGUCUAGAUGUCUCUCGGGCACAGGCAGGUGCCCUGGAGACCGCACUGCGCGGACUGGUCGCCCAGUAUCGGGGAUUGGUCACUCUGGAGCGACUGGAAGCCCAAUCCGGCCCCGGUCAGCAACGUCCGCUUGUCGAGCGCCUGCACCAGUUCCAGCAAGGAACCGACCUCAGUAACCUUGUGCCGUACCCGCCGCAGAUGAAGCCGGUUCCGGUGAAGCCUUUGUUCCUGGACGUUGCAUGGAACUACAUCGAGUAUCCCCACGAGGGUCAACAGCAACAGGAGGCCUCGGCCCCGGCGGCGGCGGCAGCGGCAGCGGCAGCAGCAGGAGAAGAGAAGAAGGGACGAGGAUGGUUCGGAUUCGGACGAUGA